CUACCCAGCGCACAUCCACCCUCCGAGUCAUUCGAAUACAGUGAUAGUCAGCGUCGACUACACAAUCUCUUCAUCCGACCUAUUCCAAAUUCACUGGAGAUCGUGUGUUAUCAUUUUUUUGAUUAAUUUUACCUUUUUUAUCGAUAUCGACCAGGUAACUAACUACUAGAGAGAAAUAAAAAGUCUAUUGAGGUACUUGCUGUGCUGUUAAAGUUAAAUCAAAGUAGAGAAAAAAAUUAAGAAGCAAUGUGAAAGAAACCUGCAAAAGGGAAACAAAAAAAAUUAAAUUGUGCCAAAACGUGAGAGUUUAGAAAAAAAACUUCUUUUGUGAAAAUUGAAAGUGAAAAUGGGAAAAUAAAUUACAACAAUUACUCCCUCCUUUACCACCAACAAAUAACUGUGUUGACUUGCAAGAAGUUGAUUCAAUUUGUAAUUGCAAUAGUAAUGCAAGAAUCCGUGAGAGACUAUAUCUUCUCAAUUGAGAAAUCCUUCAUACUACCACCCACACAUAAAAAUUUUUAGCUACAACGUGCUUCUUUUUCUUUGCCUUUGUUACAAGAGAAAAAAUAAAACAAAGUUGCUGAAAUGUUCAUUAAUAUGUUAGAAAAGAAGAAGAAGGAAAAAAACUCCGGAGCGUGGUAAUCGAAGCCAUGGUGACCUAAUAUGGACAGCCUAAAAUAGCCUGAAUUGCUAUGGUCUGGCACAACUCCAAAGAAAAUAUCCCACGCUUUCAGAAAAUUCAUUUCGGAGCGACGGCAAGUAUGCUCUUGCGGGGGGUUUAAAAGGGAGUUUAAACUUCCCACCAAAAAGCCCCACAAUGCAACAAAUUUUCUUUCACGGUGUUAAUUAUGAUGCACCAAUACGAAUUUUACCUACAUACAAUGCAGUUAAUGGGUAGUUUCUUCUAAGUAUUAUUUUUAGUGUUGCCAAAAGAUGCUUGAAAACAAGUGCACAAUUAUUUGGAACAAAUUGUGUAAUAUAUUAUUAAAUUUUCUUCAACACCUUUCAUAUUCAGCUGCAUCUCUUGCAGCCUAAAAUAGACGGAGAUCCUCUUCACGUAAGAAAUCAAGAUGCCUUUCAAGCCAGUUGAGAACCCAAAGUGCCCAAAAUGCGGAAAGUCCGUGUAUGCAGCUGAAGAGCGUGUUGCCGGUGGAUACAAAUUCCACAAGACCUGCUUCAAAUGUGGAAUGUGCAACAAAGCUCUGGACUCAACGAACUGCACAGAACACGAAAAAGAGCUUUUCUGCAAGAACUGCCACGCCCGAAAGUACGGACCUAAGGGAUAUGGUUUCGGUGGUGGUGCCGGAUGUCUCUCAAUGGACACUGGAUCCCAUUUACAAACUGACGGUGCUCCAAUUGAGAUACGGAACGGUGCUUGCCUGGAACCCAGGGUCAUUGCUAGGGCACCUGAAGGACAUGGGUGUCCACGGUGCGGUGGAUACGUUUAUGCUGCUGAGCAAAUGUUGGCACGUGGAAAGGCUUGGCACAAAGAAUGCUUCAAGUGUGGCAACUGUUCGAAACGUCUUGAUUCAGUUAACUGCUGCGAGGGUCCGGACAAAGACAUCUACUGUAAAGUAUGCUAUGCCAAAAAGUUUGGUCCGAAGGGCUAUGGCUACGGGCAAGGUGGCGGAGCCCUUCAGAGUGACUCUUUGGCUAAUGGGGAUCUUGGUCCUAAAACAACUGUCAUUGAUACAUCUGUAAUCAAGGCAUCUCCUGGACAAGGAUGUCCUCGCUGUGGAGGAGUCGUUUUUGCUGCUGAACAGGUAUUGUCCAAAGGACGUGAAUGGCAUCGUAAAUGCUACAAAUGUCGUGAUUGUACCAAGACUCUUGACUCCAUAAUUGCUUGUGAUGGUCCCGAUCGUGAUGUCUACUGUAAGACAUGCUAUGGUAAAAAAUGGGGACCUCACGGCUAUGGAUUUGCCAGUGGAGCUGGUUUCUUGCAAACAGACGGACUUACUGAGCUGGAAAUCUCCCAAAAUCGCCCAUACUACAAUCCCGAUACUACAUCUAUUAAGGCACCUGCUGGUCAGGGAUGCCCCCGAUGUGGUGGGAUGGUAUUUGCGGCGGAACAACAACUGGCCAAGGGUACCAUGUGGCACAAGAAGUGUUUCAAUUGUGCAGAAUGCCAUCGCCCACUUGACUCUAUGUUAGCUUGCGAUGGUCCUGACCGUGAGAUUCACUGCAAGGCUUGCUAUGGCAAAUUAUUUGGACCUAAGGGAUUCGGCUAUGGUCACUCUCCCACUCUUGUGUCUACCAAUGGUGAAUCCACAAUGGCAUAUCCUGAUGCGAGACCAGUGACAGGCCCUAAAGCUGGUAAAGAUGGUGGUUGCCGAAGAUGUGGCUUUGCUGUUUAUGCGGCCGAACAGAUGAUUAGCAAAAACAAAGUAUGGCAUAGGAGAUGUUUUUCAUGCAAUGACUGCCGCAAAUCUCUCGAUUCUACAAAUCUCAAUGACGGACCCGAUGGUGAAAUCUACUGUCGAGGCUGCUACACCCGUAAUUUCGGCAUUAAAGGUGUAGGAUACGGUCUCGGUGCUGGAGCCCUAACCAUGACAUAAGAUCCCCAUUCACUACAACCAUGUGCUUCAUUAGAAUAUACAUAAAUCAUUUAAAAAAAUAUUAGAAAUUAUAAAAAAGAAAGAUCUUUUUGUGCCUACACAUACCUACAGCUAAAAAAAUUUUGUCACUUGCAAGCAUCCAAAAAUGAAUAUGCUUAAUGAAAAUCCUAUAUUUAUUUAAUAUUAAGUGUUGCAAGUAACGAUGUAGGUAUCAAAAAAUACCUAUGUAGAUUCCAUGUGGGAAUCUAUUUUACUAACUCAUUUAUAUGUAAUUUUAUCAACAUCCUUCAUGAUUUUUUUUCUUCCUCAUCACUUCUAGACGCUCACAAAUCGAAAAAAAUUCAGCUGAUCUAUCACUUUUAAGUGAAAAAAAAAUGUUUAAAAAAAUAUAAAAAUUUUCGAUCGAAUAUUAGGAUAGAGCAUUUUAUUAAUACGUAUCAGUAAAACACUAUCCAAAAUCCCCUUUAACCCUUGAAUGUGAAUGAAAAAAUGUAAUUGGAUUCUUUUUCUAUUAUUAUAUUUAUUUCUUUAUAUACUAUUCAUAUUUUAUUCUUCAUUGUAUAAUUUGCAAAACAAAAAGUUGUAUCCACCAAUUUGUUAUAAAAAAAAAUUCAUAGGGAAUUAUUUAAUAAAGCAAUGAUUACAUUUUAAAAAAUAAAUCUAUAAAAUCAAAA